UAGUCCUAUUAACUCGACAAUCUUUAACCUGUAGAACCAUAUGCAGACUACCAACAUCUCUCUGAUUUUCUUAGUACUAGUAGCAUUGGUGGAUAAUCUCCAAUCAUGUCUUGCAAGAGACACCAUCACUUUUAACAGUUUGUUGCCAGAUGAUGGCACAACUCUUAUAUCUUCUGGGAAAAGAUUUGAAUUGGGCUUCUUCAGCCCUGAAGAUAAUGCCAAUACAGGAAGAUAUGUAGGGAUAUGGUAUUACAACUCGAGCCCACGAACAGUUGUAUGGAUUGCCAACCGAGAUGCACCAUUACUGCAUGUUUCUGGAUAUUUUGCCAUAGUUGAAGACGGUAAUCUCAAGCUGUUGGAUGGGAAAGGAGCUUCAUACUUCCAUACUAAUCUUGGAAGCUCUAGUGCUGUUAACAGGACCCUGAAGCUGCUGGAUUCAGGGAAUUUGGCAUUGAUCGAUGGGAAAUCAGGAAAUUAUCUGUGGCAAAGCUUCGCAGAACCAACUGAUACUUUGCUUCCAGGCAUGAGGAUAGAUGGAAGUUUGAAGCUGGUUUCCUGGAGGGAUACUGGCAAUCCUGCAGCAGGGAACUUCACAUUUCAGCAAGAUCAAGAGAGUAGGCUGCCCAAGAUCAUGAACGGGUUAAGAGUGGUGCAUUGGAAAAGUGAUCAGUCAGGUUCCGUUGUGCUGCCUUACUUUGUGGCCUUCUUCUUAUCGAAUUUUAGCCGUAGUGUUAAUCAGGCUACUUAUAAAUCUUCCAGUGCAUAUCCUUCAAUAAAUCCUGGGAAGGGGCUAAGAAAUCCGUCUACCUUAAACUAUUCAGAUGCACUAGCUUCUUAUGCAAAUACUAGGUUGUUGAUGAAUUCCUCUGGACAGAUACAAUUUUACAGUCUGGAACAGGAUGGAUGGUCAUUGACAUGGUCAGAGCCCCAUGAUGCUUGUAGUGUCUAUAAUCCUUGUGGUAAUUUUGGUAGCUGUAAUCUCAGAAGUGAGGGUUUGAAUUGUGAUUGUUUGCCAGGGUUUAAUCCCAUUUUUCCUGAUGCUUGGAAUACUGGAGAUUUUAGUGGUGGUUGUGAUAGGAAAUUGGCUAUAUGCUCUAAGACCUCCAAACCAGACACCUUCUUGAAUUUGAAGUUGAUGAAAGUGGGGAAACCGGACAUCCUGUCUGCUGGUGCUGACAGUGAGGAUACAUGUAGACAGGAGUGUCUCCGCAAUUGUGAUUGCCAGGCAUACUACUAUGCUGGAUUUAAUGGGCAAGAAGGAACUGAUAAUGGUGGAUCUGGCUGCCUGAUUUGGACUUCAGUCCUUACUAAUUUGCAGGAGGAAUAUAUUGAUGGUGGCCACAAUCUUUCCGUCCGUGUGGCAGUUUCUUCUAUAGAAACAACGACUAGAGAUUGUCAGACUUGUGGUACGUACAUAGUACCGUAUCCAUUGAGCACCGGGCCUAACUGUGGCGAUCCUUCAUACUAUAGCUUCUUCUGUGAUGACUCCACAGGUCAACUCUUCUUCUUGACAUCGAAUAAUAGGUAUGAAGUGAUUAGCAUCAAUAAGGAUGAGAGCAGAUUUACUAUCCAAGUUAAGAGCCAAAGGGCUGAAAAUUGUAGUGCCAUCUCCGGGACCUUGGCAGGCCGAGUUUUGCAGCUUAAUCAAUCGUUGCCAUUUGAUGUGAUGCAUCACUGGUGUUAUUAUGAUCGUUCAGAUAAUGGCACUUCAAUUCAAAGUGGACAAAGACUACAGAUUAGUUGGAAACCUCCCUUGGAGCCAAUCUGCAGCUCAUCCAAUGAGUGCCAGGAUUGGCCAGAUUCCAACUGUGCUGCAACUACAAGACAUGAAAAAAGGUGUCUCUGCAAUUCCAACUACAAAUGGGAUAAUCAGGCCUUAAAGUGCAUUUCAGCAAUACUGACAAAUCCCAACCAUUCAGAAGGGACAAGCUUACAACGUGACAAGCCUCAUGUUGCUGUGAUCAUUGUCACCCCAGUGAUUGCUGUAGUUUUACUUGCCGGCAGCUUAAUCUGUUUCUGUCUCAGAAAGAGAAUCUUAGCAAAAAGAAAAGAAGACAAGGAAAACAUUCCAAUGAAUCUCAUCCCUUACCCGGAUGAUAGUGAAAGACAGUCCAAAGAUUUGGUUGAUGAAACUGAUAAAUUCAUCGAUGUACCUUAUUUCAGUCUGGAAAGCAUACUAGCUGCUACAAAUAACUUUUCAGACACAAAUAAACUUGGAAGAGGAGGAUUUGGUCCUGUUUACAAGGGAAUUUUCCCUGGAGAAAAAGAAAUUGCAGUAAAAAGGUUAUCCAGCCACUCUGGACAAGGCAUGAAGGAAUUCCAAAAUGAAGUUGUGUUGAUUGCUAAACUUCAACAUCGCAACCUGGUUAGACUUUUGGGCUACUGCAUCAAGGGAUCUGAAAAAAUACUUCUGUAUGAAUACUUGCCAAACAAAAGCUUAGAUACCUUUAUAUUUGAUCAAGGACUCUGCAUCUUGCUGGACUGGAAGCUGAGAUUCAACAUCAUUCUGGGGAUUGCACGGGGACUUCUUUAUCUCCACCAGGAUUCAAGGUUGAGGAUAAUUCACAGAGAUUUGAAAACAAGCAACAUUCUACUAGAUAAAGAGAUGAAUCCCAAAAUUUCAGAUUUUGGCUUAGCAAAAAUAGUUCAAGGUAAAGAAACAGAAGCAAAUACAAUAAAAGUAGUUGGAACCUAUGGCUACAUGUCUCCAGAGUAUGCAGUAAAAGGUUUUUUCUCGGUGAAGUCAGAUGUCUUUAGUUUUGGAGUAAUUUUACUUGAAAUUAUUAGUGGCAAGAGAAACUCUGCUGGAUUUUACCAGUCUGAAGGAGCCCUUAGUCUUCUAGGCUAUGCAUGGAGAUUGUGGCAAGAAAGGAAAUCAAUCGAUUUUGUUGACAAGAAAAUACUGGAAUCAUGCAACGAAACUGAGGUUAUCAAAUGCAUCAACAUUGGCCUGCUGUGUGUACAAGAUGACCCUAGUGAACGUCCCACAAUGUCUGAGAUUCUUAUUAUGCUCAGUAGCGAAACAACAGCUCUUCCAAGUCCUAAUCAACCAGCUUUUGUGGUGAGAAGACACACUUCCAAAACACCUGCUUUGUCCAGAAAAGAAAAAACUAACUCCUUCAACGAGAUAACUAUCUCUUUUCUGUCAUGUGUAGCAAGAGACACCAUCACUUCUAACAGUUUAUUGCCAGAUGAUGGCAGCAGCCUCACGUCUGCUGGGAAAAUCUUUGAACUGGGCUUCUUCAGUGCUGAUGGUGACGAUGCUGGAAGAUAUCUAGGCAUAUGGUAUUACAACUUGAGCUCAAGAACAGUUGUAUGGGUUGCCAACAAAGAUAAACCGAUACGACAUUCAUAUGGAUAUCUUUCCAUAGGUGAAGAUGGCAAUCUCAAGUUGCUGGAUAAGAUGGGAACUUCAUAUUUCAAUACUACGCUUGAAAGCUCUAGUCCUGUUAACAGGAUCCUGAAGCUGAUGGAUUCAGGGAAUUUGGUACUGAUUGAUGGGAGCUCGGGAAAUAUUCUAUGGCAAAGCUUUGCUGAGCCAACUGAUACUUUUCUUCCAGGCAUGAACAUGGAUGAAGGUUUAAAGUUGGUUUCCUGGUGGGAUUCUGGCAAUCCCGCAACUGGGAACUUCACAUUUCAGCAAGAACAAGAUGAUAGGCCGUACAGGAUAAUGGAAGGGUCAACUGUUGUGCACUGGGAAAGUGAUCAGUCAGGUUCAAUUGACCUGCCUUACCUUGUGGCUUUCCUCUUGUCAAAUUUUAGCCCUAGUCUCGACCAGGCUAAUUAUAAGUCUUCAAAUGCAAAUAAAACAAAUAUAUAUAAGAGGCUCAGAAAGCCAUUUACUUCUAACUAUUCGGAUGCUCUAGCUACGUAUGCAAAUACUAGGUUGUUGAUGAAUUCCUCCGGAGAGAUACAAUUUUACAUGAAGGAACCGGGUGGAACUGAAUGGUUGUCGGUUUGGUCAGAGCCCCAAGAUGCUUGCAAAAUCCAUCACCCUUGUGGCAAUUUUGGUAGCUGUAAUCUGAAAAAUGCGGGUCGCAGUUGUGAAUGUUUGCCAGGAUUCGAGCCCGUUUAUCCUGAUAUCUGGAAUACUGGGCAUUUUAGUAGUGGUUGUAGGAGGACGUUGGAAAUCUGCAACCCGAAUACCAAACCUGACACGUUCUUGAAUCUUAAGUUGAUGAAAGCGGGGAAACCAGAUUUACCGGCAGCUAGUGCUAACAGUGAAAAUUUGUGCAGACAGGGGUGUCUCAGCAAUUGUGACUGCGUUGCAUACUAUUUCGGCGGGCCAAGUAUAACUGAUAAUCUUGAAGCUGGUUGCUCCAUGUGGACUUCUGUGCUUACUGAUUUACAAGAGGAUAUUGAUCGUGGCCACAAUCUUUCCUUUCGUGUAGCAGUUUCUGCCAUAGAAACCACGAGUAGAGAUUGCCAGACUUGUGGUAAACACAUAAUACCAUAUCCAUUGAGCACUGGGCCCAACUGCGGCGAUCUUUCAUACCAUAGUUUCACCUGUAAUGACUCCAGAGGCCAACUUUUCUUCUUGAUGUUGAACAAUAGCUAUGAAGUGAUUAACAUCAAUAAGGAAGACAGGAGAUUUGUUAUCCAAGUUAAUCGCCAAAGGGCUGAGAAUUGUGAUGCCAGGUCAGGCAGAGUUCUGCAGUUCAGUCCAUCAAUGCCAUUUAAUGUUACUAAUUGGUGUUAUAAUGAACCACUUACCUCAAUUCAAGCUGGACAAAUGAUAGAGAUUACCUGGAAACCCCCUCCGGAACCAAUUUGCAAUUCAUUAAAAGAUUGUAGGGGUUGGCCAGAUUCAAAUUGUUCAACUGCAAUCGAUAAGCGGAAAAGGUGUCUUUGCAAUCCCAACUACAAAUGGAAUAACCUGACCUUGAAGUGCAUUUCAGCAAUUGUGGCUGAUUCAAACCGGUCAGAACAGAAGCCGCAACUCUCUGUGAAUCGUAUUGCUGUGAUAAUUAGUAGCUUAGCCAUUGCUAUAGUUAUGCUCACGUGCAGCUUAUGCUUUGUUGUUUACAGAAGGAGGAUCUUAGCAAAUAGAAAAGAAAGCAGAAAAAGCAUUGCAGGGAAUCCAGUCUUUUACUUGGAUGAUAGUGAAACACAAGCUGCAGAUUUGGUUGUCGGAGAUGAUAAAAUUGUUGAUGUCCCUUAUUUCAGUAUGGAAAGCAUAUCGGCUGCUACAGUUAACUUCUCAGACACAAAUAAACUGGGAAGCGGAGGAUUUGGCCCUGUUUACAAGGGAAUGUUCCCUGGAGAAACUGAAAUUGCAGUUAAAAGGUUGUCAAGCCACUCUGGACAAGGCCUGGAGGAAUUUCGAAAUGAAGUUGUGUUGAUUGCUAAACUUCAACAUCGGAACCUAGUUAGACUCUUGGGCUACUGCAUCCAGAGAUCUGAAAAAAUUCUUCUCUAUGAAUACAUGCCAAAUAAAAGCUUAGAUACCUUUAUAUUUGAUCAAAGCCGCUGCAUAUUAUUGAACUGGAACUUGAGAUUCAACAUCAUUCUGGGGAUUGCACGGGGACUUCUUUAUCUUCACCAGGAUUCAAGGUUAAGAAUAAUCCACAGAGAUUUGAAAACAGGCAACAUUCUGUUGGAUGAAGAGAUGAACCCCAAAAUUUCAGAUUUUGGCUUGGCAAGAAUCGUUCAAGGCUACGAGACAGAAGCAAAUACACAAAAAGUAGUUGGAACCUAUGGCUAUAUGUCUCCAGAGUAUGCGCUGGAAGGUUUAUUCUCAGUGAAAUCAGAUGUGUAUAGUUUUGGAGUAAUUUUACUUGAGAUCAUUGGUGGUAAGAGAAACACUGCUGGGUUUUACCGAUCCGAAGAAAUCCUGAGUCUUCUAGGCUAUGCAUGGAGAUUGUGGCAAGAAAACAAAGCAAUGGAUUUAGUUGACAAGAAAUUAUUGGAAUCAUGCAAUGGAACUGAAGUCGUGAAGUGCAUAAACAUAGGUCUGUUGUGUGUACAGGAUGAUCCUAGUGAUCGUCCCACAAUGUCUAAUGUUCUUACUAUGCUCAGUAGUGAAACAACAACUCUUCCAAGUCCUAAUCAACCUACUUUUUUAGCGAGAAGACGCGCUUCAGGUAGAUCUGCAUCUUUGCCUAGUAAAGCAGAAAUUAACUCCAUCAAUGAGAUAACUAUCUCAGUAGAAGAAGGCCGAUGA